AGGGAGAUGGGCAGCCCUGGGGGCUUUGGAGCAGAGGAGCCACAGGGUCUGGCUUUUAUUUGAAAAGAGCCUUCGGUUGCUGCAUUAAGAACAGAUGAUGAGAGGCAGGGUGGGGAGUCCCGGUACCAGAGAGGGGCCCGCAGGAAACAGAUUUUCUGCAGAUGAGCUCCUGACUGUUGCUUUGCCCUCCCCACAACACAUGGCCAUGGUGGGUGUGGCAGGGUGCGCGCACAUCACGGCCCAGCCUCUCUUGCUGCAUCUGCUGAUGAGAUGUCCUGUGGGACGAGUGUUUCUGGAAGUCCUGCCUACACUCAGCUGGAGAGUGAAGCUAUGGGCUGACACCUUCGGCGGGGACCUGUAUAACACUGUGACCAAAUACUCGGGCUCCCUCUUGCUGCAGAAGAAGUACAAGGAUGUGGAGUCCAGUCUGAAGAUCGAGGAGGUGGAUGGCUUGGAGCUGGUGAGGAAGUUCUCAGAGGACAUGGAGAACAUGCUGCGGAGGAAAGUCGAGGCCGUCCAGAAUCUGGUGGAGGCUGCCGAGGAGGCCGACCUGAACCACGAAUUCAAUGAAUCCCUGGUGUUCGACUAUUACAACUCGGUCCUGAUCAACGAGAGGGACGAGAAGGGCAACUUCGUGGAGCUGGGUGCCGAGUUCCUCCUGGAGUCCAAUGGGCACUUCAGCAACCUGCCCGUGAACACCUCCAUCAGCAGCGUGCAGCUGCCCACCAAUGUGUACAACAAAGACCCAGAUAUUUUAAAUGGAGUCUACAUGUCUGAAGCCUUGAAUGCUGUCUUUGUGGAGAACUUCCAGAGAGACCCAACAUUGACCUGGCAAUAUUUUGGCAGUGCAACUGGAUUCUUCAGGAUCUAUCCAGGUAUAAAAUGGACACCUGAUGAGAAUGGAGUCAUUACUUUUGACUGCCGAAACCGCGGCUGGUACAUUCAAGCUGCUACUUCUCCCAAGGACAUAGUGAUUUUGGUGGACGUGAGCGGCAGUAUGAAGGGGCUGAGGAUGACUAUUGCCAAGCACACCAUCACCACCAUCUUGGACACCCUGGGGGAGAAUGACUUUGUUAAUAUCAUUGCGUACAAUGACUACGUCCAUUACAUCGAGCCUUGUUUUAAAGGGAUCCUUGUCCAGGCGGAUCGAGACAAUCGAGAGCAUUUCAAACUGCUGGUGGAGGAGUUGAUGGUCAAAGGUGUGGGAGUCGUGGACCAAGCCCUGAGAGAAGCCUUCCAGAUCCUGAAGCAGUUCCAAGAGGCCAAGCAAGGAAGCCUCUGCAACCAGGCCAUCAUGCUCAUCAGCGAUGGUGCCGUGGAGGACUACGAGCCGGUGUUUGAGAAGUAUAACUGGCCAGACUGUAAGGUCCGAGUUUUCACUUACCUCAUUGGGAGAGAAGUGUCUUUUGCUGACCGCAUGAAGUGGAUCGCAUGCAACAACAAAGGCUACUACACGCAGAUCUCAACGCUGGCGGACACCCAGGAGAACGUGAUGGAAUACCUGCACGUGCUCAGCCGCCCCAUGGUCAUCAACCACGACCACGACAUCAUCUGGACAGAGGCCUACAUGGACAGCAAGCUCCUCAGCUCACAGGCUCAGAGCCCGACACUGCUCACCACUGUGGCCAUGCCAGUCUUCAGCAAGAAGAAUGAAACGCGAUCCCAUGGCAUUCUUCUGGGUGUGGUAGGCUCAGAUGUGGCCCUGAGAGAGCUGAUGAAGCUGGCGCCCCGGUACAAGCUUGGAGUACACGGAUACGCCUUUCUGAACACCAACAACGGCUACAUCCUCUCCCAUCCCGACCUCCGGCCCCUGUACAGAGAGGGGAAGAAACUAAAACCCAAACCUAACUACAACAGUGUGGAUCUCUCCGAAGUGGAGUGGGAAGACCAGGCUGAAUCCCUGAGAACAGCCAUGAUCAAUAGGGAAACAGGUACUCUCUCGAUGGAUGUGAAGGUUCCGAUGGAUAAAGGGAAGCGAGUUCUUUUCCUGACCAAUGACUACUUCUUCACGGACAUCAGCGACACCCCUUUCAGUUUGGGGGUGGUGCUGUCCCGGGGCCACGGAGAAUACAUCCUUCUGGGGAACACGUCUGUGGAAGAAGGUGACUGCAAAGGUGAUGAGAAAGGAGGCCGGAAAGAGGAGGGAAGCCUGUAUUCAUUUGCUGAGGCUCCCAGCACAAAGUGCCGUAAACAUGGCCUGCACGACUUGCUUCACCCAGACCUGGCCCUGGCCAGUGACUGGAUCUACUGCAUCACGGAUAUUGACCCGGACCACCGGAAGCUCAGCCAGCUAGAGGCCGUGAUCCGCUUCCUCACCAGGAAGGACCCAGACCUGGAGUGUGACGAGGAGCUGGUCCGGGAGGUGCUGUUUGACGCAGUGGUGACAGCCCCCAUGGAAGCCUACUGGACAGCGCUGGCCCUCAACAUCUCUGAAGAGUCCGAGCAGCUGGUGGACAUGGCCUUCCUGGGCACCCGGGCUGGCGUCCUGAGAAGCAGCUUGUUCGUGGGCUCCGAGAAGGUCUCCGACAGAAAGUUCCUGACGCCGGAAGACGAGGCCAGCGUGUUCACCCUGGACCGCUUCCCGCUGUGGUACCGCCAGGCCUCAGAGCAUCCUGCUGGCAGCUUCGUCUUCAACCUCCGCUGGGCAGAAGGACCAGAAAGUGCGGGUGAGCCCAUGGUGGUGACAGCAAGCACAGCUGUGGCGGUGACCGUGGACAAGAAGACAGCCAUCGCUGCAGUGCAGCACUGUGGACGGGCCGUGCAGACAGAGCUGCGAGGACAGCGAUCUGGACUGCUUCGUCAUCGACAACAACGGGUUCAUUCUGAUCUCCAAGAGGUCCGAAGAGCUCUGACCAUGCAGCCUGAACUGUGCUGGGUUAUGGGAGGGCACCCGGCCGGAGAGCCCACCUGGCACACAGCAGACACUCGAUAACUGUGUGGAGAACUGAACUGGCCUGAGAGUGAGGGCUGGAGGUAGCAGGCGCUAGACUGGGAGGUGAGUGGAAGACAGGGCGGCGGAGAGUCUGGGGCUGAUGCCACUUGUUCAGCUGUCCGACCCUCUGUCCGUCCAUCUGUUUUUGCUGUUUUUAAAAAAACUUAUUCAUUUAACAACUCUGUAGCAGUUAUCCAUUGCUGCAUAACAAAUUAUCGCACAAAGAGUGGGAGUGCCUUUACAACCACAAGACUUAAAAUCUGGCAGUUUCUGUGGGUGAGGGGUCUGGGUGCAGCUGGCUCAGGGUCUUGCACAAGGCUACAGUAUCAAGGUCCCCAGGGCUGCUGUCAUUUCCAGGCUUGACUGGAGAAGGAUCUGCAUCCAGUCACACGUUGGCAGCAUUGAGUUCCUCCAGGGCUGUGAGGUGGAGGCCUCCUCUCCCAUCACAGGGCAGCUUACAGCUCAAAGUUCCUUCAUCAGACCGAGCAAACCAGGUGGAAGUCACAGUCUUUUGAAACCUGAUGUCAGAAGUGACACCCCAUCACUUUUACCAUAUUCUGCUUGCUAGAAACAAGUUACUAUGUCCAACCUAUACUCAAGGAGGGGCUUACACAAGGGCAGGACUGCCAGGAGGCCGGGAUCGUUGUGAACCGCUUUAGAGUCUGCCCACCACCAACUCCCACCAACCAACCCAAACCUGCCCCUCUUCCCCAAACACACAAGCACCAUCGAGGGCCACAAGGCCUGGCCUCCCCUAACUCAUUCACUCCUCGCUGCUCCUCCCUGCUUAUCUCUAGGCCUCCAGCGUGGCUGAAGGACGGAAGCCCCAGCAUCUGGGAGCUUGUUAGAGAUGCAGAUUUCCAGGGUCCCACCCCAGACCUAGGGACUCAGGCACUCCGGGGCUGGGGUCCAGCAGUCUGCUCAAAGGGGCCCGCCAGGUGACUGGGUGCAUGGUGGGUUGAGAACCCUCCCCAGGCCUCAUGGCUGCUGUGGAUCUGGAUGCACUUUAGCUGGCUGCUGUCACUUUCCUGACUGGGCAAAUGUGUCAAAAGCUUCCAGCGACUCCUUGUCCCUGCUAGGGUUCACCCAGGGUCCUGGAGAGAGAAGCCUGUUGAGCUACAGAUGCAAAGAUUCUUCCCAAAGUCCUUGCACGCCCUCCUCCCCAUAGUCAGUGAGUGGGGAAACCACAAGGCCCCAUCUGCAGCCAGCCCAAGGGAGUGGCCGCGUGGCUCUUUCUCAGCGCCGGUGGUGUUCCGGGCCUGCUGAUUAGACAUUUGGCCUCUCUUCCAGGCCAGGGCUCAUUCUUAAAAUAAUAAGAGUUAUGGAUGACAAGAUUGCAACCCUCGAUGUGGGGCCUAGAAAGAGAAGCAGACAGCUGGGGACAGACAAUGACAGCAGCUUUGUGGAGCUUUGUAAUAUUUAUAGCGGAUCUGUCACCCUGCAUCUGGGGACUCCGAUUCCUGUCAUUUGCUUCUGAGCAGCACCCACCCAUGGGAGCUUCAAAGUGGAUCUCCAAGGGGCAGCAACUGCAGCCUAGAAAAUCCGAGGCUCCAUCCCAGCACCUUUCCCUGAGGGACCUGGAUCUCUCAGAGCACAGCACCCUGCUCCCUCCACACCCCAGCCCAGUGAGCCCGGACGGGCAGGCCCUCAGAGCAGGGCGUCCCUUUCUGUUGUCAGGGGCGUCGGGCAUGCCUGUCUGGGCCUUGGCUCCUGUUUCUCUUCUCACUUCCCUGCCCCCUGCGGCCCGCCCAGCCCAGGCUCCUCAUCUUCAAGUCACUAUCCCAGUCUGGCACGCACUCCCAUCCUUUCCGCUCUGGGCAGCCUGCCUUGGCCAUCUUCCGGGGCACCACAUGCCCUGGCAGCAGUGCUCUCUCUGCCUUCUUGGCAUCCUAAAUGGCCCUGCUCCACUGGGCCCUCCAGGAAUAAAAUUAAUCCUGUCGUGGUCAGAGGCAGGCUCUUCAGGUGGCUUUCUGGGGAGUGCAGUGCCGCCCCACCCCCACCCUCCUCCUCCACAUCCCUCUCAGGCACCCCUGAGUGUCCAAAACACUCCUUAAGAGACUACAGCCUGGAGGACGGAGGGGCAGGUGAGGCUGCACAAGCCAGGAGCAGACAAAAGGAAGGUGAUCCCCACAUGAGCCAGACACAGGGACUUGAGUGUCCACAGGCCUUAGGAGGAUGAGCUCCCAUCUUUAGAGAAGAAACGGAGGCUGUCCCAGGUAAGGAGCACAUGGGACAUUUACUCCAUCUGUCACCAGAGUCAAGAGCACCCCUUCUCUCUGGGCACAGCCUCCCACAGCCCUGCAAAUUAGUCCAGGCCUGGGAGGGACUGGCCAAUCUCUCAUCACUUGGUCGCCUGCCUCUGCCCCCAUCAGCUUCCCCUGCAGGCUUCUGGGUGGUGCUCACAGGACCCGUCUCCCCCCGGCCUCCCUCCGGACUCGAAGGCCAGGCAGGGGGGGUCCUCGACUCUUUUGACCCAGCCCCAGAGUUCAGGCAGCCCAUGGGCCACUGCUUAUUUGUGAAUUGUCCCCCGUGAAAGGGGGGCUGGGGUGGUCAGGCCCCUGCAUUGUGCUAUGCUUUGGGUGCCACUCCACGGGCGGUCUGGGGCUCCCAAAUCGACAAGGCACCCACGCCGACGUUGGGACCUUGGCUUUGCAGGUCAAGGACUCUAUCUGAGUCGGGGAUUUGCCCUGACAAAGUGCAAAAGAAACUAUCAGCCAGGAAUUGUGUUCUGCUGCCAGAAGAGAAGUGGCUUAAACGACUAAAGGUUUAUUCUUUCAUAAAAGAAUGGAUGAAGGCAGCCUGGGCCCGGCCUGUCCCCAUCCGCACGAUCCCAGCAUAGCUGGAGGGGCUCCCGCCUUCGAGUCCACUUCCCAGAGCGUAAGGGCAAGGAUGGGGAAGAGGCAGGAGGCCUUGGGCCCGCUUCCCGGAAGUCCCUCCCAGCGGCUCUGCUCACAUUCCAUUGGCCAGUCCCUGCCGCAAGAACUACAGGGAAAUGUAGUCUUUUCGCUGAGCACAUGGCUGCCAUAAUUAAAGUCAGGCUGCCUAACUAAAGAAGACGGGGAGAAUGGAUAUUUUCUGCCGGAGUGACGAAUCCUAGAAAAAAUCAAGCUAGUUAUUUAUGGAGGGGGAUACAUUUUUCUAGUGUCCAGGAUACACAUCCUUGCUCUCAGGGACCUCUCUUCUCAGAAUCCAGGGUCUAAACCACAGGGUUGUUGGUGAAUAAGCUUAGAAUUAGGAAGGAGAAUGGGACAGGCUUGUAGGAAUUAAGACCAGCCUCGUCAGAAGCCUUGUCUCCACCCCGCUGCACUUUCCCAGGGAGCAGAAGACUCGGGUCAUUCAUUCCCUCACACAUUCCUUCAGCAAAUAUGCAUGGAAUAAUAACUGUGAACAGGACAUGGUGUGGUGCUGUGGGACAGAGGUGGAUUUCUGUCCCCUAGAAUCCUGCUGUCAGGCGAGGGAGUGACGGAGGGGACACACACACACACACACACACACACACACACACAGUAACUAGAAUAGCAAAAAGCAAGCCCCAGCUGAGAGAGUUCACUCUAGCUGGAGGCACCAGGGAGAGCUUUAGGGCUGCGCCACGAAGAGCAGGCAGGAUUUCAAUGCCUUUCACAUUCCCAUGUGCUGUUCUGUCCCUGGAAUGCCCUUGACCCUCCCUGCUGUCCCCCUGCCAUGCCCACUGCCUUCUUCCAUGCAGCCUGCCGGGGUUUUGGGUUCCCACUCCUUUCCACCUCUGUAGGAGGUGCAGGUUGUCAGCCAGCCCUGUCUGAGAGUUCGUGUGUUCCCUGUCUGUCCAUGCAAAAUAGUCUGAAGCUCUUGAUUUGUGUCCAUUUCAUUCAUCUUUGCAUCACACUCACCUGGUGAGUGCCUUAUGAAUAAAAGGUGUUAUGAAAUAGUUUUUGGUGGUCAGGCCAUUCCAGGUAAAGAGCUAGCAGAGUGUAGACAGACAAGUCUGAGUACCUUUGUCUGAAUCUGUUUUCCUGCUGCUUACUUUUGUAAUUGACCCGUCCAUUUUUAGAUUACAAUUUGCCAUGCAUUUUUAGUGGGUUGCAUCCUUACGUUUUAAUUUUAUAAGUCAGCUAUUUCCACUUAUACUAGAAAUACUGUAGGAUGUAAGGACUAUGUUUUGUUCUUUAAGUCCAAUUUGGAAAGUAAUACUUCCUGACUUCAUCCCAGAUUCCUGGCGUGGGCACAUCUGGGGACCUGUGGCCCCAUAUUGGCUGAUUAUAAGUCACAGCAUUAUGAACCACGGGCAUGGUACUGGGGUUAUUGUCCUGAAACUGCACCAUCAUCACUUACUUGAGAGAGAACUUCUCUGGUUGUUCAUUGGGUGUUCAGGAGUUGUGCGUUCUCACUAGCCUGUGUCUGGAAUAAAUCUCUAUUCCCUUCAGAAGGAUUGCUGGAGUCUCCUUGGCUGCCCAGGGCAGGCCCCAGGUGGGCACCCAGACACUGCCUGGCUUUCCUUGAGAUUGGCCAUGCCCAUGUGCCUCAGCUCCUGUACCAGCCUUGCAUUUCUUUUUAUUGGUAGUUAUCACACAUGUCAUCAUUUUGGGCCCUGGCAGCUAGAAAGCUCUCCAUGAAGAACUGACAUGGCCAUCAGCUUGGUUCCCACCUCCCUUCCCUACCAAAAUUCCACAUUGACUGAGUAUGUCCAGGUACCAAGAUACUUUGGGGAAUUCAGAGAUGAGUAAGACAUGGUCCUGUUCUCAUGCAGUUUUCAACCAACUAUCUUAUCAGGCAGAGUGAGAGUAGGACUCCACAGGCUGCCAGUGUGAAGCGGAAGGCCUUGUUCUGGCUGGGAAAGUUAGAAUCGAAAGACUUCCCAGCGAGGGUGAGGAAAAAAGUUCCUUGGCGUGAGGACAGAGAAAGGGUAAUCAGGGCAGGGACAACAGCCAAGCUGGACUGCGGACCUCUCCUCCUAACGAUGGCUGCCAUUUUUCAAGUAUUUACUGGGAGCCACACACUGGACACACGCCAUCCCCAAUUUUUAAGGACAGCCUACAAUAAAGUCGAAAUCCAACACGAAAGCCCAAGUUCUGCCACCCUACCAUGCUGAGAAAUGGCAGACUCAAGAGGCCAAGGCAGGUACACAGGCCAUGAGAGGUGGCAGAGUGGAGGGCCUGAGGCCAUUCUCAGUCAGCUAUGGGGCCACUGCCUGGCACAGGGCACAGAUGCCACAAAAUGCUGGCUGAUGGACAACAAAAGGGGAGCCAGGGGCAGGAGGGAGGGUCCUGUUUUAUUUUUUGGAAAUGAAGGCAAGAGUGACCCAUCCAUGUUGCAUUUGAGUAAGAUGACUCUGGCAGUGCCACAGGGACAAGAGAAGAGGUCAAUUAGGAGGGCAGGUGGGCAGUGGAGACAGGGCAAGGGAUCCGGUUAGGUCAUUGUCGUGGAGGGGACAAAUGACCAAUCCACAGGGCACAGUGAUUGUGGGAGGUGAUGGAGGGACAUCAAAAGCGACAGCAGCCCUCUCACACUGGGAAGAUGAGGACACCAGCGUGCAUGAGACAGGCGCUGCUUUUGACCUUGACCUGCAGAAACGUGUUUUAUAUCUGACCCAACACACACACACACACACACACAGCAUAUACAACAAAUCCAGUUUCAUAAAACAUUCUUUAACCUUGCUGCAAGUGAUUCACACAGAAUUGUUCCAAGGAAUUCUGUAUCAUUUAAAAAAUCAUAUUGCAGCCUCUAGGUUGGUCUCAUAGUCAGCCAGCGGGUGACUGCUUCCAGUUUAGGAAGCACCAGGCUGGACAGUAAGGAGGGAGCCAGGACCGGAGAGGGGCGUGGGUGGAAGGGUUCAGCUGGAUUAUGCUGAGAGGCAGUUAGAGGGAAAGCCCAGCUGGCACCAAAAGCCCCAACCUGAGCUGAAUAAAUAGUUCUGGACUCAGAAGGCUC